UUUAAUUUGAGAUGGAGUGGAGAAAAUACUAUUUGGAUGCGAUAUUGGUGCCAUUAGGGUUAGUGAUGAUGGUAGCAUAUCAUGUUUGGUUAUGGCAUAAGACUCAGACACAGCCCUUCACCACAACCUUUGGAAGAGAAGCUGAUGGUCGCAGAUUAUGGGUUCUUCUCAUGAUCAAGGAUGUUGACAGAAGGAGUAUCGUAGGAAUCCAAUCUCUUCGAAACUUGAUCAUGGCAUCAACACUUAUGGCGACAUCAGCAAUUCUGAUAUGUGCUGGGCUGGGAGCAGUGAUAAGCAGCACUUACAGUGCUAAAGAAGCAAUCGAUAACACAAUUUUUGGAGCACACGGAGAAUUAAUGGUGGGUCUCAAAUAUGCGAUUCUCCUUGCAACAUUCUUAUUCUCAUUUCUCUGCCACACUUGCUGCAUAGGCUUUCUCAAUCAAAUCAACAUUCUCAUUUGCUCUCCACAAGAUCACAAAUCCUUAGUCACUUCACACUAUUUAACUCACCUUUUCGACAAGGCCAUCAUCUUGAACACACUCGGAAACAGGCUUUUCUACUCUGCACUUUCCUUCUUGCUUUGGAUCUUUGGACCUGUCCCAACUUUCCUCUCUUCAAUGGCCAUGCUGCUUCUGCUAUACAACCUAGAUUUUCUUUCUGUGCCAAAUGGUGGUUUUGUUCAUGAAAAUGACAACACUUAGUAUGUCUCAGUUUAAAGCACCAAGAAAAGAAUGUGUAUCAUAUCUCUGUCACCCAAAGUUGUUGUAUGAGUAUGUGUUUAUGUAUCAAAAUUAAUCCAGAGUAAGGAUA